CGAGCAAGAGGAUUCCAGACGGUUCUGGAAGCUUGUGUCAGGAGGAUUUCUCGAAUGGUCAUAGAGGGUAUAAAAACCGCACCGUUACACCAGUUUCCGUAGGAGCAUUAGCAGUCAACGAACCUGUGAAUAAGGAAGGAUCUCUACACAUCUUCCUCAGGAGGUUUGGGCACACUGCAAACCAAGAUGCCUGAAAUGCAUGACCAACCAAUGGAGGAGGAGGCAGAGACCUUCGCAUUCCAGGCUGAGAUUGCUCAGCUUAUGUCCCUGAUCAUCAACACUUUCUAUUCCAACAAAGAGAUCUUCCUUAGGGAACUUAUUUCCAACUCCUCAGAUGCACUGGACAAAAUCCGCUAUGAGAGUCUCACAGAUCCUUCCAAGCUGGAAACUGGCAAAGACCUCAAAAUUGAGAUCAUUCCCAACAAAGAGGAGCGUACUCUAACCCUAGUUGACACAGGUAUUGGCAUGACCAAAGCCGACCUGAUCAACAACUUGGGCACAAUUGCAAAGUCCGGCACCAAAGCGUUCAUGGAGGCUCUGCAGGCUGGAGCUGACAUUUCCAUGAUCGGUCAGUUCGGUGUGGGUUUCUACUCUGCCUACCUGGUAGCCGAGAAGGUGACAGUCAUUACCAAGCACAACGAUGACGAGCAGUACGCCUGGGAAUCAUCUGCUGGUGGCUCAUUCACAGUUAAAGUAGACAACUCUGAACCACUGGGACGUGGAACUAAAGUGAUCCUGCACCUCAAAGAAGACCAGACAGAAUACCUUGAAGAGCGAAGGGUCAAAGAGAUUGUUAAGAAGCACUCACAGUUCAUUGGCUACCCUAUUACGCUAUUUGUGGAGAAAGAGAGGGACAAGGAGGUGAGUGACGACGAGGCAGAGGAGGAGAAAGAGAAGGAGGAGAAGGAGAAAGAUGAGGAGAAGGAUGAGGACAAACCUGAGAUUGAGGAUGUUGGAUCAGAUGAAGAACAUGACCAUGACAAGUCAGACAAAAAGAAGAAGAAGAAGAAGAUCAAGGAAAAGUACAUUGACCAGGAAGAAUUGAACAAGACCAAACCCCUGUGGACCCGAAACCCAGAUGACAUCACGAAUGAGGAAUAUGGAGAGUUCUACAAGAGUCUCACCAAUGACUGGGAGGACCACUUGGCUGUCAAGCACUUCUCAGUAGAGGGUCAGCUUGAAUUCCGUGCCCUGCUCUUCGUGCCUCGGCGUGCUCCUUUCGACCUCUUUGAGAACAAGAAGAAGAAGAACAACAUCAAGCUGUACGUGCGCAGAGUCUUCAUCAUGGACAACUGCGAGGAGCUCAUCCCAGAGUAUCUCAAUUUCAUCAAGGGUGUGGUGGACUCUGAGGACCUGCCACUGAACAUCUCCAGAGAGAUGCUGCAGCAGAGCAAGAUCCUGAAGGUCAUCCGCAAGAACCUGGUCAAGAAGUGCCUGGAGCUUUUCACAGAACUGGCUGAGGACAAGGACAACUACAAGAAGUACUACGAGCAGUUCUCCAAGAACAUCAAGCUUGGCAUCCAUGAGGACUCCCAGAACAGGAAGAAGCUUUCUGAGCUUCUGCGGUACUACACAUCAGCCUCUGGAGAUGAGAUGGUGUCCCUGAAGGACUAUGUCACACGUAUGAAGGACAACCAGAAACACAUCUACUACAUCACUGGUGAGACCAAAGACCAGGUUGCCAACUCUGCCUUUGUGGAGCGUCUUCGCAAAGCUGGCCUGGAGGUCAUCUACAUGAUUGAGCCCAUCGACGAGUACUGUGUCCAGCAGCUGAAGGAGUUUGAGGGCAAGAACUUGGUUUCAGUAACCAAGGAAGGCCUGGAGCUGCCUGAGGAUGAGGAGGAGAAGAAGAAGCAGGAGGAGAAGAAAUCUCAGUUUGAGAACCUAUGCAAAAUCAUGAAGGAUAUCUUGGAGAAGAAGGUUGAAAAGGUCACAGUCUCCAACCGCCUAGUUUCUUCCCCUUGCUGCAUUGUCACCAGCACAUAUGGAUGGACGGCCAACAUGGAGAGGAUCAUGAAGGCUCAGGCGCUGAGGGAUAACUCCACCAUGGGAUACAUGGCAGCAAAGAAGCACCUUGAGAUCAAUCCUGACCACCCAAUCAUGGAGACCUUGAGGCAGAAGGCAGAGGCCGAUAAGAAUGACAAGUCUGUGAAAGAUCUGGUCAUCCUUCUUUUCGAGACCGCCCUGCUCUCCUCAGGAUUCACACUGGAUGACCCACAGACCCACUCCAACCGCAUCUACAGAAUGAUCAAACUUGGUCUUGGUAUUGAUGAAGAUGAUGUGACAUCUGACGAUAACACCUCUGCACCCACUGAGGACAUGCCCCCUCUUGAAGGGGAAGAUGAUGACACAUCUAGGAUGGAAGAGGUGGACUAAUCAGCUUCCAUUUCCUGUUUAGAUUUAAAAAAAAAA